AUGAGAGGCGGUCGCGGAGGUGCACGCAGUCGAGGCGGCGCAGCAAAACUCGGGUCGCGAUUGGCAAUAAAAGAAGGCAGCGUGAGCGGUAAAGGAGAUGGAUUUCGGGGGAAGAAUAAGGGAGCAGCAAGCGGCAAAAGGGGUGGACACUCGCGGCGAGGCGGAGUAGGAAAGGCUUUCGGGGGAGGCGGGGGAAAGGUGAUUGGUGGAGGGAAGACGAUACGCGGAGGCAGGUUGAAUUUCAGCAUGGUCAAAUGGAAGGACGUGACGCCCGUGGCAGGGACGCACAUGCUCAUGGACCCGCGCAACCCCGCCGCGGGAGGCUUCAUGGGGCUGGAGGAGAUCGACCCGGCGGAGUUUGAGGGAUUGGUGGCUGGCGGAGAGAUGGAGGGCGGGGGGGACUUGGCUGGCGGAGCUAUGGAGGGCGGAGAUUCGGAGGGCGGGGGAGAAUCGGGGGAAGAAGCCGCGGGGGUAGAGCCUGGAGAUGGGGAUGUUGAGGCGGACGGGGGGGAAAGUGGAACUGGGUUGGGAGACGGGGGGGGCGCAGGAGAGAAGCAAGAGGAGGGUAAGGAGGAGGGAGAGGAGGAGGGAGACGCGAAGGAGAGGGAGGAGGGAGUGGAAAGAGAGGAUGGAGAGGAUAAAGAGGAGGGAGAGGAGGGGGAAGAGAAGGAAGGGGAGGAGGGAGAGGAAGAUGGGGAGGAGAGUGAUGGGGAGGGGACGGGAGGAGAAGCAGUGGAGGAGAGAGAAGGAGAAGAGGGAGAAGGUGAGGAGAGAGAAGAGGACAUAGACAUGCCGGAAUGGGAACCCCUCCGUCUGCACCCGCUCAUUCUGCGCGCCCUCAGCGACCUGGGGUUCACCUCCCCCACGGCCAUUCAGCGCGCCUGCAUCCCCGCUGCUGCGUCCCGGGGCAGGGACGUUGUGGGGGCGGCUGAAACUGGGUCGGGUAAGACACUCGCGUUUGCCAUCCCGAUUCUACAGAGGUUAUUGGAUGAAAGGGAGAAGGAGCGGAGGUUGAAGGAUGGGGGUGGGACGUGGGGGGAGGAAGGGGAAGGGGAAGGGGAGGAUGCGGGAGGAGAAGGGGGAGGGGAGGGGGGGGAAGGCGCGGGGGGUGAUAGGGAUGGGGAGGAGCAGAGCAGGGAAGGGGAGGGGGGAGGGGAGGGGGAUAAAGAGGGGGAAGGGGAUGGGGUGGGGAAGAAGGCGAUGGGCGGCGGGGUUCGGAAGAGAGUGAAGGGGCCGUUGCGGGCGCUCAUCAUCACUCCCACGCGCGAGCUGGCGCUGCAGAUCGUAUCGCACAUAAAAGACGCGGCCCGCCACACGGGCAUCCACGUGGCCGGCAUUGUGGGCGGCAUGGCGGAGGUGAAGCAGCGGCGCGUGCUGAGCCUCGGGCCGCAGAUUGUGGUCGGCACUCCCGGGCGGCUGUGGGAGCUGAUGAGCCAAGGGGAGGCGCACCUGGUGCAGCUCGAGUACCUCUCCUUUCUCGUGCUAGACGAGGCUGAUCGCAUGGCCGACCCAGGAAGGUUCAAGGAACUUUCGUCCAUUUUGGGAAUGCUGCCCCCCACUGCGGCUUCCCUCGCUGCUGCCAAGGCGAAGGAGGCGGCUCUGGCUGCCCGGGAUGCUGCUCGGGCAGCCAAAAAGGCAGCCCGGGCAGCUAAAAUUGCUGCGGAGAGGGAUGCAGCGAGGGGAAAGAAAGGGAAGGGGAAAGCGGGGAUGGAAAGGGCUGAGAAGGAAGGGGAAGGAGAGGAAGAGGAGGAAAAGGAGAAAUUGGAGGAGGAGGAGGAGAGUAAGGGGGAGAAAGGAAGAGAAGAAGGAGAAGAGGGUGGGGAGGAUGGGGAGGAGGGAGAAGUGGGGGAAGAACAAGAAGGAGGAGAAGGAGGAGGGGAGGAGGCCUUUCCUCUUCAGCCAACCACCCUUGCGAAGAAGAAGCGGCAGGUUCUAGUCUUCUCCGCAACCCUCGUUCUGCCCGACGACACACGCGGGCAGCUGCAAGGGAAAAAACGAACCCCAGGAGGACCCGGGGCAGAGAGACGGACCGGAAGGAAGCGAGAGAGGGAGGGAGCGCAGGGGGGAGAGGGAGGGGAGGAGGAUGAGGGGGAGAAGGAGAGGGAGAAGGGGUUGGAGAGGGAUAGGGUGGUGGCGGCUCUUAUGGAGCUCACUGGCAUGCGGCCGUCCCCUGCCAUUGUGGAUCUCACCACUGCCAAUGUGGUCGCCAGUGGCGUGCAGGAAGCUGCUCUAGAGUGUGACGACAGCAUGAGGGACGUCUUUCUCCUCUACCUCCUGCGCAUGCACGGCACCUUUGGUCGAACGCUUGUCUUCUGCUCCGCCAUCUCCUCUGUCCGCCGCCUCGCUUCCCUGCUCUCCCUCCUGCAAGUGCCCUCCUUCCCUCUGCACGCGCAGCAGCAGCAGCGGCAGCGUCUCAAGGCGUUGGACCGCUUCAAGCAGCACCCCAGCGGCGUGCUCGUAGCCACUGAUGUGGCGGCCAGAGGGCUCGACGUUCCCGAGGUUCGCCUGGUGGUGCACUAUCAGCUGCCCCACACGGCAGAGGGCUACGUGCACCGCUGCGGCCGCACGGCCAGAGGCGCUGCUUCAGAGGGGUGCUCCGUGGCUCUGGUGACGCCUAAGGACUCCAUCAAAUACUCGUCGCUGCUGCGGAAGCUCAACAAGACCGGCCCACUCCCCACGUUCCCGGUUGAUCACAAUUACCUCCCCAACCUGAAGCAAUGCGUGAGUCUGGCUUUAAGUGUCGACACUCUCUCCCGCAAGCACUCCAAGGAGAAGGCUGAAACUUCCUGGAAGCAGCGUGCUUCAAAGGCGGUGCAAGUGAAUCUGGAGGAAGGGGGGGAAGAGGAAGAGGAGGAAGGGGAAGGAGGAGGAGAGGAGGAGAGAGAGGAGGAAGAUUUUGAUGAUUUCGACGAGGCGGGAGGGGAGAGUGACGACGAGGGGGAGAGGGGAGGGCGAGGGAAGAGGAGCAAGAAGCAACAGCAGCGGGAGGAGGAGGAGCGGAGGAGCAAGAGGAGGCGCGGGGGGAUGCGAGGCGGGGAUGAGGAGGAGGAAGGGGAUGUGGAUCGAGGGGUGGAUGUGAGGAGGCUGGUGGGGAGAGGGGAGAAGCGCGGGUGGGAGGGUCCGGGCGAGACAGGGGAGGAUGGGCGGCAGCAGAUGAAGCAGGAGACCAUUGAACUGCAGAGGAUGAAAGAGGCGCUGAAGCAAGCUGUCUCGCAGCCCCUCAGACCCACCAACCUACGCUCACUCAACUCAACCCACUCCGGUGCCACUCCCCCCAUUUCCCGCUACUCUCCCAUCCGCGCAUCCCUCCCAUGUGUGCUGCCCUCCUUGAUUGUGUUACACCAGGCGCUGAAGCAAGCUGUAUCGCAGCCCCUCAGACCCACCAACCUGCGCUCACUCAUCUCUGCUGUAAGUCAUUCUUCUUUUCCCUUUCCUCCUUACUCGAUUUCCCCAAACCUUUCCACCCUUGGACGAAACUUCUCACCCUUGAACAACCCUUGCACCAUGUGCACUGGACUACCACCCAUCACCAAUCCUUCCUCUCGUCCUCUCCUCUCUGCUGUUGUCCUCUCCUCUCUGCUGUUGUCCUCUCCUCUCUGCUGUUGUCCUCUCCUCUCUGCUGUUGUCCUCUCCUCUCUGCUGUUGUCCUCUCCUCUCUGCUGUUGUCCUCUCCUCUCUGCUGUUGUCCUCUCCUCUCUGCUGUUGUCCUCUCCUCUCUGCUGUUGUCCUCUCCUCUCUGCUGUUGUCCUCUCCUCUCUGCUGUUGUCCUCUCCUCUCUGCUGUUGUCCUCUCCUCUCUGCUGUUGUCCUCUCCUCUCUGCUGUUGUCCUCUCCUCUCUGCUGUUGUCCUCUCCUCUCUGCUGUUGUCCUCUCCUCUCUGCUGUUGUCCUCUCCUCUCUGCUGUCGUCCUCUCCUCUCUGCUGUUGUCCUCUCCUCUCUGCUGUUGUCCUCUCCUCUCUGCUGUUGUCCUCUCCUCUCUGCUGUUGUCCUCUCCUCUCGGCCUUCUGGUUUCAACCUUCUAGAGCGGGGAAGCAGUGGGGUGCAGGGGGGACGCAGGGAGGCGGGGAGAGAGGUGGGGGACGAGGGGGCAGGCAUGGGGGAAGGGGAGGGUGGAGUGGUGGGGGGAGAGGAGGGGGAAGAGGGGGGGCAUGGCAGCAGCAGCAGAGAGGAGGUGGGGGAGGGAGGGGGAGGGGUGGUAGGGGCACCGGAGGGAGAGGAGGCAGGGGAAGGGGCAGGGAUGGGGGGAGAGGAGGCCGGGCGCCUGGCAGGGGGAGUGGUGGGGGAGGGGGAGGGGGAGGUGGGGCGGGGAGGAUGGCGGGAGUGCUUUUGCCUCCACCUUAUUGACGCGCGGGCUGCCGUGCUUGCUCGCAUCUCGACCCUGCUCAACGGCCAAAUCUUCAACGGUGCUGUGCCCUCGUUUGAAUCCGCCUCUGGUGAGCCGCUGUGUUUACCUCGUCAUACCUACUCCAGGCACUCCUUUUCCUGGCCAACUGCAAAUGACGCUCGUAUCUUCCGUGGGAUGUUCCCGAUCACUGUACGCCUUGCUAACAAUCGCUCCAUGGAAGUCAACGCUUUCAAUGACGCCAACCAGGAUUUCACGGCCGCUCGAACUCGCGGUGACCCCCAUCUGGUCCUCCGCAACGUCCCCCUCGGCUACACGGCUGAGAACCUGCGCGCAACGAUCCUUGCGGGACGGACCGAGAAUGGACUCCCCUGGCUUGCGGAUCUCCGCGCGUUUCACCGCCUGACCGACCCUUACGACGGGUCUGCGUACGCCCAGCUGCGCGGCCUCCCUGUGGCCGCCGAUGGAGAUCCCGGCUUUGAACGCAUACCGGCUGUGCUCUGGAUUCCUGACCAGGAGGAACCCUACUAUUCCCUCGCCUGCGCCGGAUUCUUUCCCUUCCUGUUUGGCGGGCGAGUCGCGCCGCCUGUUUUGUCCUUGCCUAUCAUGCCGGUCUCCUGGCCUGCCCCUCUCCCCUUCUCCUCUCUGGAUAUGCCCGACUUCCCCCUGCCUUUCCUAUCAGGCCGUAUCAUUGGUCAGCAGGCCGCCCCCGCGGCUUUCAAGAAGGACCCGGGGCUGCUGCUGAUUGGAGUGGAUCUGGACGUGGAGGUCUGGACCUGUUCGUUAUGCGAUUUCGAAUGCGGCUUGGCCUUGGACAGCGCAAUGUAUCAUCUCAACUCCGACUCACACCGCAACCACAUGCAGGAGAAUGCGCAUCUGCCGGCGGUAAAAGACAAAUAUGGGGCUUGGAAGGCUGCUACCUUGCUGCAGCACCCCCGCAUCGCUGCUUUCCUGCAGUAG